AAUGAAAAGAGAGAAUGAAAGUAAAGCUGAUUUAACGGCGAGUAGCCGGUGCUGUUAAAGUGGGGGAAAAUAUUCUUUAAAAUAAAAGGAUAACGCAUUUUCCAGUUCUAAAUGCUUGGCGGCAGUGUAGAUAUUUAUGCGUUUGCCACCAAAUUCACAAAAAAGAAGCCAUCCCCAAUGGACACUCUUUCAGGGUUUGCUUUCAUCACCAACUGCAACACUUCUUCAUGUACAAGAUUCUCUCUCCUUCCUCCUCAUCAAAGACCACCACUUUCCAGAAGAAACCCCACUGUCUAUGUCUUGAAAACAAGCUCUUCUUCAGUGAGUGAAUCUGUAGAAGAGAACGUUCUGGAGAUGUUCUUCAAGGAUAGAGAAGUAAAUGGAGAUUUUGUCUCCAAAGUUUCGGACAUGCUAUGGCAGAGAGAGGUUCUGAAAGUUGUUGAUACCGAUGCCAGUGAACCAGCUGGCACUGCUGAGCAAUCACAGCAGGUCAUUGAAAGUGAUGAUGAUAGUGGGUUUUUGAAGCUGUCAAGAACUCAAGAAUGGUUAUUAGGUGACAAUUCUGCACCAAGGAAUAAGAAAGCCAUUGCCAAGGUGUUGCAGGAUGACGGUGAAAGAAGGAAGAAACUGAAUCUUCUAAAAUAUGAAGCUCUCAAGAGGGAAUUAACACUUUUAUCAGUUGGAAUUGGGACAGCAUGCAGUGGGUACUGUUUGAUAGUGUUAUCAUUUCAGGCUGCUGUUAGUUAUGCAAUUGGGGUUCUUUUCAGUUGCUUAUACCUCCAGCUCUUAUACCAACAUGCGGACGGCCUAUCAGAGGAAAUGGUUCCUCAGAUUUUCAAGCAAAAGAAAUCAAAGAAAAUAGGAAUAAGAAGUGAGGACUUGCAAGACUUCUUUGAGAGAACAAUUAAGGGUAGUGGCAUUGCUCUUUCUUCUCCCAGACUAGUGAUUCCAGCUGCCGUAUAUGGAUUGUGGAUCGUGUCGCACAAAUUUUUGGCCAAUGAUUUCUUUGAUUUCCAGCUUGUGCCUGCAAUGCUUGGGAUGUUUGCAUACAAGGCAGCUGCUCUUGUUCAAGUAUACAGAGAUAACGAAGACCUGCAGUUUGUCUUUCCUGAAAACGAGGAACAGUCAAAUAAAUGAGUCUCCAAUUUUUUGCGUGUUUUGAUCCAAUACUUCCAACACUACCUGGUUGGUGCCAUACAGUCUGGAAUUCGACCACCUUUUGAUGAUUCAAACAAGAAAACCAUCCAAACAACUUAAUAAUUCAGUUUCUACAUCCAUGGGCUGGUUAGAGCGGAUUGCGGUGGAUGAAUACUGGAUUGCUAGCAAAGUCUUCAAUGUCCAUUCAACCGUAUUGAUGCUUUAUUGUGUAUAUUUUCUAAGUUCCAAGAAUGAAUAUGAUGCUCAAAAUCCAUGCAUUUUUGUAAUGUGAUUCAUUUUGACGUUGAGCUUUUCAUGAUCAGUUGGCGUUUGGUCAUUUUGUCGAAUAAAAAAUGUAGGGUAAACUCCAUUUAUCUGGGGUUUUUUUUCUUCAA